CCACCGUCGUCCGCGCGGGACGCGGCGCGCGCGCUCGCGCGAUGGCACCACCGCACACCGACCUCCCGAUCCGCGUGCUCGCGUGCGACGAGCUCGGAUACGUCCGCGCGUUCGCCACGGACCCCGCCGCCGGCGGCGACGCGGCCGAAGACUUGACGCUGAUUGGGAAAUUCGGCGCGCUCGACCGCGCGCGACGCGCGGUGCGCGCGCGCGCGGUGUGCGAAUUGCGCGGCGCGAGCGAUGCGAGCGGACCGCGGGUGGUGUGCGCGCGAAAAGGCGGCGCGGUGGAGGUGAUGGAGGCGAGGAGCGGGACGCGCUCGACGGCGACGUUGACGCUGUCGAAAGAAAUCGUCGACGCGCACGCGUGGUGCGAGGGAGACGAGCGUGGAACGUCGUGGGAACGCAUGCACGUCGUCGCCGUGCACGACGACGGUGAGGUUGGGGUGCAUGGAAUCGUGAAUGAAUACGGCGACGAAACGUGGCGAGAAACCGGGACGUUUCGAGCGUGCGGCGACGCGACGAGCUCCGAUCUCGACGCAAGAUUGGGGAGAUUGGUGCUGGGAGGUAAGGGCCAAGGGAACGAUGUCGUGGUGUACGACGUACACGAACAGAAACGGACGUAUAAGGCGAAACCACCUCCGCCAAAUUGGUUGGGGUACCGAGCGCCGCCUUGGGUGAGCGCGACGUGUUUCGCGUCGACGAGCGAAUGCGCGCGCUUCUUCGUCGGCACGGGAGAGCAUAGAUUUAGACACUACGAUACGCGCGCGGAUAAGCGCGCGGUGCUGGACUUGGACGUCGGUAAGGGCGUGAUCACGAGCGUGGCGAGCUCGGCGGAUGGUUACGAGGCGUACGUCGCCAACGCUCGCGGGAUGUUUGAAAUCGUCGAUCUUCGCGCGGGAAAAACGCGAGGGAAGUUUAAGGGAAACUCCGGGAGCAUUCGUCAAGUCGCGGUCCAUCCCGACGGCGCGCACGUGGCGUGCGCGGGUUUGGAUCAAUACGUGCGCGUCUACGACACCGCGACGCGCAAGUGCGUCGCCUCUGCGUACGCCAAGCAACCGCUCACGGCCAUCGUCUUCGACGCCCACACGCCAGCGUUUGAGGCGGCGAGCGUCAAAAAAUCGUCAAAAAAGAAGAAACGAGCGCCCGACGUCGACGACGACGACGCUCGCGCGGAAAAGAAAGCCAAGAAGAAGAAGAAGAAGAUUCGCGAGUGCGCCGUCGCCGUCGACGACGCCGCGCCGAAGAAGAAGAAGAAGAAGAAAUCCAAAGAAUGACGCC